AUGGGACAAGGAAGCGGCGACGGGGACGGUGGUGUCCCGCCGGCGCCGUUCUCAUCUGCUCACUCACCGGCUCACUCGCCGCUCUCCGUCGGCGUCUCUUCUGCCUCGUCUGCCACGUCAUCCUCUUCGACACCUCCUCCUUCGGCCACUAUAGGAAUUCCGAGUAAGCAUUUUUUGAAACAUUCAAAAAAGAAAGUGUGGAAGAGUGUCAGCCACGGGUUACUGUAGCUUCUACAUUUUCUUGCCUUCCGAAUGAUCCGUCGGCCAUCCUUGAAACGAAGAGAAAUCAAAUCAAAUCACCUCUUCUUUUUCUUUCGUUUUCUUAUCAAAUUUCGUCGCCGUCAGGCUUAUCACCUUAUCACCCCCUUUUCUAUCUCAGAAUGUUCUUUCUCCUCAUAUGUCAUCGAAAGGGUAAACAUGGCAACAAAAAGGGAAAAUUAGAGGAAAAGAAAAGAAGAGGAAAGAAUGAAUUACAGGAACGACGGCAGAAACCGAUUGGAAGCAGUCUGGCGAUGAGAGUCUCACCGAACUGUGCAUCUUCCACGUACCUGAUAAGGUGGUCGCUUUGGUGAGUGAUAGCCGAAGAUGAUGCAAGUGUGCUUCACUCGAGACUACCGUAGAGCGAUUCUUGACGAAAUCUUUUCAGCCGAAUCCGAAGCGUGCCGAGUCUUCGCUGCCCAUGAACCUGAUCCUCAAAUCCUCUUCAAAAAAACCAAAGAAAUCCUCAAUUUGGUCUUCCGAUCACAUCCCCCGAGGCGUUCGCUUCGGUCCCCUCGUCGGAGAAAUCCGUCUCGUCGACGUGGAUUCGGCGCUCGUGUGCCCGGCAGAAGCUUCAAUGGCCGGAGGGACGACUGCUCAGGAAGAGGUGCCGUUCGACGACUGUCCGGAAGAAUGGAAGGUCUUCUCUCCGUCGGGAGGCCGGCUGACCAAGACGAUCUGUGUGAAGGACGACGGACGCUCGAAUUGGAUGAAGUACGUGGCAGCUGCGGAGGACGACGAAAAUCAGAACUUGGUGGCUGCACAAGUCGGCAAUGACAUCUACUUUUACACGGUCAAAAAGAUCGAGGCGAACACGGAAUUGUCGUUUUGGUUCAGCAGGGACUACUCCCGCAAACUCAACUACUCCUCGAGUCCUCACGUCCGAACUAGAGCUCCAUUGGUUCCGGCUGUCGAACCCACCGCUCCACCGGCUUCCACAACUGCCGCCGCCUCUCCAGACAUCACAGUAGCCAUCGAUUAUUCGGUCAAGAAGUUGACCGCUGUGGAAGAGCCAGUCGAUGCUCUCUCGACGGACGCCUCCUCGACCAGCGACAACGACGAGGAGAUGGUCGAUGUGGAGGAGAAGAGCCGAGUGAGCUGCAGCCGUCCGGCCGUCGAGUUCUCCCGUCCCAACGUCAUCCAGAAUCCGGUGGUCCGUCCGGUGCCCACAAGACUCACGAGCUUCUCGGCACCAAUCAGACAGGCUCCGCUCGAUCCGUUGGCAGUUUAUAAGGACUAUCUAAGAAAGACUCUUCAAUUGACAAGUGCGUUUGUUUCGAAUUUAAACUCGCAUUACUCUAAGCGACCUUUUUUUUAAUGCAAACAAUAGACGCAGACAUGCUUAAUGUGUUUUUUUCUCGCAAAUCAUAACAUUCCGUUGACCGAGGGCAGGUGUCACUCUUUUUUGUACCCAACUGACUUCCUUUUCACCACUCUCCAACGAAAAUGAAUGUGUCCGAGUUUUGGUCCCACUUUUUAUAUUCUGACUGCCGUAAGUUAUCACUAAUCGAGUUAUUCAAUUACCGAAGAAUAGAUAGAAGGCAUCCCAAUAAAUACCGUUCAUUCAGGACAGUAUCCCUCAGCUGUCGGUAGAGAUAUCAAAAACUUGUCAACUGAUAAAAUGUGCUCAAUGUCUUAAUGAGUAAAUUAUCAGUUGGCAACUUUUUGAUUGUUCUACUGGUAGCUGCGAUAUAUUGUACUGAAUAAAAGGUACUUGAGAGUUCUAUUACAGUUUCGACAGUAUUCAAUUCGCUCCGUUAUUUUCAGAACUCGCCGACAAUGUCACCAUGUUCGUGCCUCCCGUCGCGCAGACCGCCACGAUCACAGCCACGGGCGGCCGUUCCGGUCAGCCGAUCGACGUGCAGCCGGUGCUCGCGGCCACCGCCGGAGCACACUUUGGAAACUACGCGGCCAUCUACGGUAGCCAGGACUUCCAGCACGAGCUGAAGCCGCUCUUCACAACCGCCACUCCGGCGUUUGGAGGCGGCGGCGGUAUGGGCGGUGGAUUCGGAGGCGGCGGAAGUGGGCACGCGUCGUCGUUUCAUCAGCUGCCGUUCGUGAAUCAUGCCGCCUCGUCUCACAAUGAUUCAUCGUUCAAUGGUGUGCCUAAUGUGAGUGAGGAAAGAGGGUGGACGGAGGAAAAGUUGUUGUUUCAGUACGUGCAACAGCAGGAGAACGGAAAGACUCGAUACGCGUGCAAAGAGUGCAACAAGACAUUCGGACAGCUUUCGAAUCUCAAAGUGCAUGUCAGGUGAGCACGCGAACUCUUCUCCACUCUUUCUAAUUUUGCUCAUUUCCAGAACUCACACAGGCGAGCGUCCGUUCAAAUGCGAGAUUUGCACGAAAGAGUUCACCCAACUCGCGCACCUCCAGAAGCAUCACCUCGUGCACACCGGCGAGCGGCCGCAUCGCUGCGACAUCUGCGACAAACGCUUCUCCUCCACCUCGAACCUCAAGACUCAUCUGCGAUUGCACAACGGACAGAAGCCGUACACGUGUGAUGUAUGUGAUGCCAAGUUUACCCAAUAUGUUCAUCUGAGACUCCAUAAGAGACUGCACGCGAACGAGAGACCGUACAGCUGCGGCACGUGCGGCAAGAAGUACAUCUCGCCGAGCGGACUGAGGACGCAUUGGAAGACGACGACGUGUAAGGAGGAGGACACGAAGGAGAUGAUGAUGUGGAAGGGCAAGGACGAGAUGAUCGACUCGAAGGAGGGCAUUCUGGACGAGGCGCUCAGCAGCUCCAACUACAUGGACCUCUUUGAGAAUCCACUCGUGAGUUUGAGCUCUCACGGUUCUUCGCACUGACUUGCACUAACCUGCACGUUUGUCCGCAUCGCUUUCGUCUCGUCGCCCGCUAUUUCCGUGCUUUCAGAACUCCGAACACAAGCCCCGCCCACUUCUGCCUAUCGAGACCAUUUAUAGUGUAAGCAUUGCUUCUUCAUUCACUGCUUCACCAUGCACAUUUCAACUAGCCACCGUCCGUCUAACGUUUUCUAUUUCAGAAAUACAAUCUGCCAAACCCCUCGCUUCUCGGCCAAGGUCCUAGCGGAAUGCAGGAGCAGCAAGCGCCACCCACGCCUCAGCACAUGAUGUACGGCAACUCGAUGGGGCACAUGGGACAGCAGCAGCACCUCUCCGUGCCCCAGGGACCGCCCCAGCAGCACUUCCAGAUGGGACCGGAUCCCGGGUCGAUGCAACAGAACGGUCAUUCGCAUCCGCAUCAACUGCUGCAGCAGUCCCAACAGUCGGGGGCGCCCUCCCAGCAUCCACAUGAUCCACUGCAUCAGCCGCUGCAAUUGUCCGAUUUGAAAUCGUCAAUUCUUCCCUCGCUGGGUCUGCCUCACUACCAAUAA